ACGUUUGCCCUUCUCUGGAGUGUUGAGAAGCUACAUAAUUUUUCAAGGAACACUUGUUCUUCAUUCUUCCUUUUUUUGUAAUUUGCUCCAUUAUUAUACUGUUUUAAAAAUAAUAGUGAUGUAUAAAGAGAACCAAUUUAGAAUCUUAUUCAACUUCACAUUUCUUCAUCCUGUAAAGUUUUAUCUCGGUGGGUUUUACAACAUCCCACACGUUAAGUAUUACUAUGUCUUCUUGUGUUUUGUGUACAUCGUGACUGUGCUUGGCAAUGGUUUUCUUCUUUCUGUUAUCUACCUGGUGAAGACUCUCCACACUCCCAGGUACAUAAUCGUGUUCAACUUGGCUGUGACAGACCUGUGCGGAAGCACUGCUCUCAUCCCGAAACUCUUGGACACGUUUUUGUUUGACAGAAGAUACAUUGUUUAUGAGGCAUGCUUAAGUUACAUGUUCUUUGUUUUUUACUUUGGGAGUAUGCAGUCAUGGACGCUUGUUGUAAUGGCAUAUGACAGAUUUGUUGCAAUUUGCCUUCCAUUAAGGUACAAUGUUCUUGUGACAAGAAAAUCAGUCAUUACAAUUUUGCUUUGUUCAUGGACUUCCCUGCUGAUUGUUAUUGCAGUCUUGGUUGGGCUCUUUGACCGACUCUCCUUUUGUGGAUCUUUAGAGAUAAAAAGUUUCUUCUGUGAUCAUGGACCAACAUUUCGUCUAGCCUGUAGUGACACCUUUUUAAAUGUCGUGAUGGCUAAUGUUACUUAUACUCUAGUAAUCUGCAUUCCCCUUGUACUGAUAGGUGCCACCUAUGUUUGCAUUUCUAUAGCACUGAGCAGGACUGCAUCCAGAGAAGAACGACUUAAAGCACUGAGAACUUGUACGUCUCAUCUGAUUCUGGUGGCACUUUUUUUCAUACCAUAUAUGGGCACAAAUAUAAUUGUAAAAAUUACUGAUAUUAAUCCAAAUGUGAGGAUUUUUAAUUCCAGCUUGUCACACAUUGGGCCGUCUCUACUUAAUCCCAUUAUAUACGCUUUAAAGACGGAAGAAGUGGUAAAUGCUAUCAGAAGGCUGUGCAAAAGAAAAACAACGGUACUGUCAAAAUGGUAAAACAAACAUUUAACUGACUUAUCAGAUUACAUUGAAACUGAAAGAUCCGCUGUCUGUACAGUCAGCUGCUUUUCUGGGAUUUUUUUAUUUAUCCAUGGCCUUGACCAAAACAACUGCUUCUUUUGUAGUUUUUUUUUUUUUUGACGAGGACACACCCAAUACUGUCGCAGUGUGCCUAAGUUUAGGUCAUCAUAUUAAAUUAAUAUUAAGUCAUUUUCAAUUUCACUCAUUUGGUUUAUACCUAUUAUUUGUCUGUUAUUAUAACACCACUGACUCGCUUUCUGGUUAUUAAUAUCAGUGUGCGUUAUGCAACCUGUUUUUCAGUUAUAUAUACCUUAUUUGAUUUGCAAUAUAUAUACGUGUGUGUGUACGUGUGUUAUGUCUAUUUUGUGAUAUAGACUGUAACAAUAAUAUUGUUGUAGUUGUGAAAAUAGAAAAAUAAUUAUGCAAAAACAGUACAAGGUUAGCUGCUGAAUUUGCAUGCAUAUUUUUUCACUCUUCACUUUUAAAUAAAAACUAUUAUCUUAAACAUGGAUAUUAAGACAUUUAUUUUUUUUAUGUAUAGCAAGCCAACUGGAAUGUUAUCUAUGGAGGGGUUGUUUUUUAUUAUUAUUAUUUCCAAACAUGUGAUGAAGAAAUGCUCUUUAGAAGCUGUUUUCCAAAUUUGAUAUACAGUAUAUUAAAAUUUCAGGCAUUAA